AUGCCCAUCGUCAAAGACAGCUCGCUGACCACUAUCCUCAUCGACAAGGCACCCGAUGGAAGGAGGAUCACCGACUGGGUGAAGACUGACGACAAAACUGGCGAAUUCAAGCGCCAGGUCAGCUCCUUCCGCAACUGGGUCUCCAAGGAGAAAGGUGCCCAGUUCCCCGCCGAGAAGGGCAGAUAUCACCUCUAUAUCAGCUAUGCUUGCCCCUGGGCCAACCGCACCCUGAUUGCCAGGAAGCUCAAGGGCCUCGAGGACAUCAUCACCUUCUCCUCUGUGCACUGGCACCUUGGCCAGAAGGGAUGGAGCUUUGUCUCUGCCGAUGAAAGCAACAAGGACGGCGAGAACGUCAUCCCUGACCCCAUCGAGGGCCACGAGAAGUUCACUCACCUCCGGGAUAUCUACUUUGAAUCCGAGCCCAACUAUGACGGCCGCUUCACGGUUCCCGUGCUCUAUGACAAGAUCCAGAAGACCAUCGUGAGCAACGAGAGCAGCGAGAUCCUCCGCAUGAUGGGCACCGAGUUCGACGACCUUGUCGAGGAAAAGUACCGCAAGAUCGUCCUAUACCCAGAGGCGCUCCGCAAGGACAUCGAGGAGACGCACGAGUGGGUCUAUGACCAGAUCAACAACGGCGUCUACAAGUCUGGCUUUGCCACCACUCAGGAUGCCUACGAGCGCAACGUCAAGGUCCUCUUCGAGGCCCUCGAUAGAGCAGAAGCCCACCUUGCCUCCCGCAAGCCUGAGGAUGGGCCCUACUGGUAUGGCAAGGAUAUCACUGAGGUCGACAUCAGGCUUUUCGUGACCCUGAUCCGCUUCGAUCCCGUCUACGUACAGCACUUCAAGUGCAACAUCCGCGACAUCCGCUCCGGCUACCCGCACCUGCACCGCUGGAUGCGCGAGCUCUACUGGCGUGUGCCUGCCUUCCGCGAGACGACCAACUUUGUCCACAUCAAGAAGCACUACACCAAGAGCCACACGCAGAUCAACCCCUUCAGCAUCACUCCCGUCGGCCCCCUGCCCGAUAUCCUGCCCCUCGACGAGGAGGUCCCCGCCGUCAAGGCCGCCCGCGCUUCGCAAGUAGGCAUUGGGUCUGAGAAACAAUAG